UGCCAUUUCAGUGACGUCAGAGUCGAUCGUCAGGCGCAAACUGGGGGUUUGCGCCCACCAUACUACGUCAGAAUGACGAGCCGAUAAACUACCUAUCAGGUUUUUCUGCGGCGGGCGGGCCAACGGUCUUAGGGUGGCCGCCGUUGGUUUGGCCGACGAUGGCGAACUCGGCGGGGACGACGGUCGACGGCAUCGACGUCGGCGAGAAUGACGGUACGACAGGUGUAACCGGUGGCGGGCCUAGGAAUCCUCUCAUCUGCGGUGUCUGUCAUGACUAUUACAACGAGCCUUGUCUGCUGUCCUGCUUUCACACCUUUUGUGCCCGCUGCAUCCGUGGCCCUCAUCUUGAGGGAAAAGUCUCCUGUCCCAUCUGCGGGCAGCAGACACAGUUGAAAGAUGGAGCACAACAACCACCGCCUGAUCAGCUGAUACGUCAGCUAGUUGAGUUGGCAAACUCUGAGAAUCCACCUUGUGCCAACUGUGAUAAACGGGACAAGUCUACUAUGUUUUUUUGUACAACAUGUGGACAAGCUUUGUGUACACACUGCAGGGAGAAUACCCAUCGUGCAAAGAUGUUCUCCACACACGAGGUGUUACAUAUGAGCAAAUGUACCAAGGAUACACAACGUCGUUGCCCGACCCACGGAGAACAAUACAUAAUGUAUAGUCAAAGUGCCAAGUGCAUGCUCUGCGCUACUUGUUUUCGCGACACUCCUGCAGAUGCGAGGCUCCACUGCGUUGAUAUUGAAAGUGCCUGGCAACAGGCUUCGAAGAAGAUGGAACGAGCUGUUAAUUCCAUUUGUGAGCUGCAAGCUGGCGUGCGAGACGGAGUGUUGGCUUUAAAAUCACAAUUGGAUGAACUACGACAUAGUUUGGAUUCCGAAAAAAGGACAUUGAAUUCUUUCUGUCAGGGAAUGCAGGAGGCCAUAACGAAGACGCACGGAAGUACUCUGACAGAAUUGCAGCGACAGUUUGAAACGAAGGAAAGGAUGGUUCGAAGCCAAUUGCUUUCAUUAGGUAGCGCACUUCCUGUGCUGCAGAUGCAUUUAAUGUUAUGCACUGCCUUUACUAGCGGUGCAACGAAAUAUCAAUUUCUCGAGCUAGCCCAUCCGAUGUUGGAACGACUAAGUCGAGUCGCGCAAUUAGGAUAUCCAUCGAGGCCGCCUCUGCUGACUGCACAUCUGAAGACUAACUAUAAGAAUGAAUUUGCUCGCGCACUGCAACCGUACGUCGGUCAGUCCCAGAAGGAAUCAUUAUAUGACCAAACUCACACGACGGCUCAGCAGGAUCCGCCAGUGAUUCAGCAGAGCAGCAAGUCUGCUCAGAGGAUUCCAACCAAGAGCGGGACCGACGGUGGACCGUUUUCCAGUCACUGUCGAACAUUUGAUAGUCAGCUGAAGGAAUUGAAUCAGCAGUUGCUCACUGUGAAGGAACGUUUAGAAGAAUUACAUCGUGAUGUGGCAGUUCUGAGAAGAGCUAACACACCUCCGUUGGGCAUACGUUAUGAACAGGUGGCGAGGGAUUGUCGGGUGCUAGAGCAACAAUUAGAGCAUUAUCAGAUGGAACUAGAACGUCUUAGAAACGUGUUCGAUACACUUUGGGAUGAACAGUUAUGUAGAAUUCACAUAGAAAAAGAAAUAUUUCAUUCUCAGAUGAACGAUAUCCUAUCAUUGAGAAGUCAGGUAAAACAAUUGCAGAAUCUUGCUCAACAAUUAGAACCGUAUAUAAAAUCUUUCGCAACCGGAGUUAGUGCUGGUGAAGUAAGCAUGAUAGCCUCUGAUGCAGCCAGUAAUCAGCAUUUGCAGGCGUUACUGGAUCACUUGGCACGUUUACAAAUGCAGGAACCACCACAACCGCAAACCCAAGCUCCGACCAAGGAUCAUCGACAUUCGCGUACUACUGCAACUAGUGCAGAUAAUGCGCUUUACAUGAAAGAAACGAAGGAGGUACCAACACGUUGCCGUACUCCUUCCGCUGAUGUCGAAGCUGUCUUGGAUUCGAGUGGAAACAUUAUUGUCUAUGGAACGGCCAAGUCAACGGACUCGAAAAGAGGAGUGCUUAGCCAAUUGAUCGAAAAAGCUAGAAGUAAAGAAGAUCGUAAGAAAUCGCCAGGAAGAGAGGAAAGUCGUGAUCGUAGUCAGAGUCGACGACCGAGGAAGUCUCCUGAUAGUACGAAGCCUAAAACGCCACCUGGUCACUGGUCUGCCAGCAAAGUACGAUCUUUGUAUCGAUCUCUGAAAGGUGGCAGUGGAGAUAAUUCUGCCGAGGGACUCGAUCAACCAGAAAGGUGCACGGAUUCCCAGCAACCACAGUCGCAUACGACUGCAGGGGAAGAAGGAGAAUAUCAACGAAUUUCGGAGGCGUCCAGCACGGGAGAGGUGAAGAAGCGAGUUCAGGCUCAGGUACACGCGGUUCCCGACGAGCAAUCGAUUCCUGCAGGCAAGGGAACCAAGGUGUAUCCGGCUAGUGACUCGGAGGAUGUGUUCUACGCGGAUGAGAAGGCCUCGACGGAGGUGAGGAGACGUCGACGUGCGAGCUGUGACAGCCUAAGUACCACCGGCUCGGGAAGCAGACGAUCGAGUAUUGUCGAUGGGACGGUAGGUCAAUCCGCGCAGGAUCCCAGGAAAACAAUGGUUCUUUUGAUCGGGCCUACACCGAAGUCGUCGUCUCUGGUGCAGAAGCAGCGUUCCUGGGAAACAUUUCCUCGGCCAAAAAGCAAACGCAGUGUAACGGCCAGCGAGGGGGGAGCCUCAUCUCUUAGUCAGCUGAAGAAAACGGACAGUUUCGAGGGGCACGAGGAAACCGUGAGAACACUGGUGGCUGCCGUGCAGGAGACAAGGUCACACCUGCAUCAUCGUCACGUGCAUCAUCAUCGUCAUCAUCGAAAGAGCAAGACAAAUUAAAAUGAUUCAAGCCACGGUGAAGGUUUCAAAGAAGUUUUCUUUCAAGAGGUAUCCAGCUCGGAUGGCCAAAGUGCGGAAGUAGAUGUUAAGUAGAAGGAAAAUUAUAUCGAAAUAAAAGUAUUUACUAGGCUGUUCUGAGUAGUUAGGCUGCGUUUGGCUAUCCGGGAAGGAACGAUACCCUCCAAAAUAAUGCCUAGCAUACAUCGGGGAAAGUAUUAUAGAAGGACUGUACUUUUUCAAUCGAUAACAUAUUGUUAUUGGUAGAAAAAAAAUAAUACAUUGUUACGUAAAAUGGUACUACGAGGAUUUUUUUCCAAGUAUUUUGAGCAUUUUAUUAGAGGUAUUAUAAUAAACAUAAAGGGCAUUUCGUGUGAUGUAUAUAAUACCACAGACGAAGAUGAUCUUACGAAUUAGGAAUCGUUUAUCGCUAUAAACUGCCAUUGAUUAAAGCACCUUCGACAAGUGCAUGUUUUUACUUUUACGAGAUAUUGUAAAUUUUUCGAAUGCUUUAUUUCUCGGUUUGGACCAAGAAGUGUUUUUAACGUUUAUAUAAUCAUCUUGUAUAAUUAAUCGAGUAAUUUCUACUCCCAUGUAUGUCUAGUCAGAGUUGUUUCAGGGUCAACCAGCCUUCAACGUAGAGCAGUCUUCAAUUUUUUAUCGAACAGCGUUCUGAUUGCACUUUGAAGCGCCGAAGGUCAUAAUAUUGCUGCCAAUAGUCAAAUAAUACGUAAAAAAAAGUAUACAUAUUACAUAUACGUAUAUAAAAGAGAAAAAAAGAAAUUAAUAAAUGAUACUCUUACUGUUGAUGCAAUCCUUACAUGGUGCAUAAACAUUCAGAGGCUCAAAAUAGGAUUAUAGGGAUACGUCGAUAAACUAUAUGUGGGUAUACAUACAGUUACGAUUUAAUUAAUACUAUUACUAUUACUACUACUACUACUACUACUACUACUACCACUACUACUACUACCACUACUACUACUACCACUACUACUACUACUACCACUACUACUACUA